UGCUUUCUUGUUUCCAUUAGUUAGCCAGCAAAUAUAUUCAUUCAGUAAACUUAGGAGGGAUUUUAAAGACAAGUGCUCUGGGGGACUGCAAGCGGCGUGACCCAGACUAAGGGAGAGCAGCCUAAAAUUUACUGCUCUUCCCAGCCACGCUUAGCUGGUGCCCGGAGGUAGAUCCAAAGAGACACCGCCGGGACAGGAAGCUGGACACCCCGGGGGCCUAAGAGGCGGGUUGGGCAAGUGAUCGAUUUCCUCGGCGUGCUGGGAACCUAAGUAGGCAGUGGGUUCUGAGGCCGGAAUCCGUUUUCAGGCAGUACUAGUUGCAACAAAAGGAAUCCAGCCACAACAAGCAGAACCUGGGAGCAGCAAUGACUGAGGAAACGGCAGGAACCUUCACCCUGAUUGGCACCGCCUGGUUGGGAGGCUGCCAGGAUGUGUGAACGGGGAAGUCUUCACAGAAGGAAGCAGAUUUUCCCGUUGUUCGUAUGCUGGUGACCAUUAUCUUCCCCAAAAUUGUGCGGAGUAAAGGUGUGAGCAGGGCAUCCAGGGUCUGAAAACGCAUCAUUUCCCCAGGACCUUCUCUGCAAUGAGUGGGACGACAUCUGCCAGGAUGGAGGAGGAUCCUCUACCCUGUGGAAUGACAGGGAAAAGAGUCCUCAUAGUCUAUGCUCAUCAGGAGCCCAAGUCUAUGAAUGGAUCCUUGAAGGACGCAGCUGUGAUGGAACUCGGCAAUCAGGGCUGCCAAGUCACUGUGUCUGAUCUGUACGCCAUGAAUUUUGAGCCAAGGGCCACAAAGAAAGAUUUUGAAGGUCCUUUGAACAAUUCAAAUUUCUUCAAUUAUGGGGUAGAAGCACAUACAGCCUACAAGAAAGGAUUUCUAUCCAGUGAUGUUGUUGAAGAACAAAAGAAGGUACGGGAAGCUGAUUUAAUCAUAUUUCAGUUUCCCUUAUAUUGGUUCAGUGUGCCCGCCAUCAUGAAAGGCUGGAUGGACAGAGUCCUUUGCCAGGGAUUUGCUUUUGAUUUUCCAGAAUGCUUCGAUAGAGGCUUCCUCCAGAACAAAUUAGCCCUCAUUUCAUUCACCACUGGAGGGGAUGCUGAGUUGUACUCCAAAACUGGGCUCAGUGGAGAUAUUAAAUACAUCUUGUGGCCCUUACAGCAUGGUGUGUUGCAUUUCUGUGGUUUCAAAGUCCUCGCCCCUCAGAUCAGCUUUGCUCCUGAAUAUACAUCAGAAGAGAAGAGAAAGGAGAUGGUAGCAUCUUGGGCAAGUAGACUGGAGACCAUCUGGAAAGAGAAGCCAAUAAACUGCACUCCCUCCUGGUACUUUGAAUGAUAGCCAUUAUAUACCGUUAUAUACAGUAUUCUUUCCCUGUUUCAAAGCUGGCGGUAGCAAGUGCUCUGGAGACAAUGUUAUGAUCAAUAAAGCCACAAAGUGAA